GGGAAUACAAUUAAAUCCUAAUCACUUGUCGCAUGCUCGAUCCAUUAAGCACUGAAUGUAAACAGACACCUCCCACCUUCCCUUCUUUUGCAAACAUGUUCACCCACGUUCUUUCCACUCUUGCAUGUGAUCAGCAUGUCAAAGGAGGUUCAGGCGGUUCUGGUUCUGUCUCAAAUUCUCACGGAACGCACAACGAAUCAGUGGAUAGUGUGUACGGAGAGCUUAGCCUAACAUCCUCCCUCAAUCUGUUCCCGGAACUUGCUCAUAUACCGCGGACAACGAUACUCUACAUGGACUUUAUGCUCCCAACUUCCACUCCUUCCGUUCGUCUGUCUGCUUUCGGUGGUCAAGACGGGUGGUUUGGAGUGUAUCGGACAGAUAUGAAGCAGGGAGUUUUAUUACAGAAAUUGGAGUUCUCGCACGAUUCGGCCAUCACAUCCGUUCGGUUGUUCACCCCGUGUCCUGGUCUCACAGGUGACCCUUGUUCUAAUGACACUGACAGGUGGGAUCUGCUAGUUUGUUCUGCUUUCGAAGCCGCCGUGGUCUAUAGCGACAUCUUUCGCAACGACUGUCUGGGUUUGUCCAAUCAGCUGGUACUUCCACACAGCACCGAGUAUGAUCACGUGAAUUGUGCAUCUGUCGGUGAUUUCGACUUUGACGGCAUCCCCGAACUUAUACUAGGUACAUUCGGACAAACCCUGUUAUUUUAUCGAUGGAAGCCAGACGCAGGGGAUAACGCUGUAUCAGAAUCAACCAAAGGAAGCUACGAGCUAGUCGCACAACGGUCGGUUAUCGGUCCAGUUCAUUGUCUUUCGCCGCCCUUGGACAUUGUCGGUGAUGGUGUCAAAUCACUUGUCAUAUUGACCAGUCGCGGUCUGCAUGUCUAUCGUCACAAGGUUGACUCGGUUUUGGACCUCUUAAAAAAGCGGCUUUCUCACUGUGUAGAUUGACGUCAGAACUGUACAAUGUGUAGAUUAUCAUAAUAUGGCAGCACUGCUCAACGCCUACAUUCCGAAGCGUUGGUUAAGCGUUUGCAACCGAAUUGUCAAACUUAUCGAUAACUCAUCCUCAAGUCUUUCCUUCAUCUUGUUGCAUUUUCUCUUCUUACACUAUCCGAAUCUACGAACAAACUAGUAUGGGAACGCUUUCUUCCCGGCUCUACUGAGAAUUCAUGUGCACCAGUAAAUGCCGUAUCCAGCUCCCCCCAAAUACGCGCUCUUUUAUACAUCCCUCUCAGUCAGAUGACCAAUCGAGAUGUGAUAACACGUGUUGUUUGCAUUCACAAUAAUGAACGUUGCUCACUCGA